GUUGUUCUCGCUCUUUCUUUUUCCCAGAAAUCCGAGGAAACUCAAAAGGGAUUUGCGAAAGGAAGAUGACGACGAUACGUAGAUUCAGCUGCAAUGACCUUCUCCGGUUCACCUCCGUCAAUCUCGACCACCUCACUGAAACAUUCAACAUGUCCUUCUACAUGACCUACUUAGCUAGAUGGCCAGACUAUUUCCAUGUUGCUGAAGGUCCCGGAAAUCGUGUCAUGGGUUAUAUUAUGGGUAAAGUUGAAGGGCAGGGUGAAUCCUGGCAUGGUCAUGUGACAGCUGUCACUGUUUCUCCAGAGUAUCGGAGGCAACAACUCGCAAAAAAACUGAUGAACCUUUUGGAAGAUAUCAGUGAUAAGAUUGAUAAAGCUUACUUUGUGGAUCUGUUCGUGAGAGCUUCUAACACACCAGCCAUCAAGAUGUAUGAAAAGCUUGGUUAUAUAAUCUAUAGGCGGGUUCUACGCUAUUAUUCAGGAGAAGAAGACGGAUUAGAUAUGAGGAAGGCACUAUCAAGAGAUGUAGAUAAAAAGUCUGUGAUUCCUCUCAAGAGACCCAUCACACCUGAUGAAUUGGAGUAUGAUUAAGACCCUUUUCUUGCUCACUUCAUAAGGGUUAAAAGACUGUAUGUUCCUUAUUGCAUCAGAAAAAUCCUCAGAUGAUGAUGUUUUAUGUUGACAGUCGUUUCGUACCUAAAUUAUUUGCUCUCUUAUUUUA